AUGACAUUACUACAAGGCCCGCUGGACUGCAUCAUCCUCAAUGGCACCGUGGUCACGGCUGCUGAUAUUGGACGGUAUGAUAUCGGCAUCAAGGAUGGGAAGGUUGCGCUGUUGGCACCAGCGCAGGCACUGGCCACUACUCCCGCUGCUCGGGUCAUCGAUGCGGAGGGAGCAUAUGUGAUGCCUGGAGGCGUGGAUGCUCAUGUCCAUCUCGCGGAACCACCGCUCUUCGGCAAAGGCAGGACGGCCGACGACUACACCACCGGAACACGGUCGGCCAUCGCGGGAGGCACAACCACCAUCAUUGCCUUUGCCCCGCAAGACAAGUCGGCGCCGUCGCUGCUGGGCGCCUUGGAUGAGGCAGAGAAGAAAGCCGAGAACAACACAUACUGCGACUACUCCUUCCAUCUGCUGGUCGGCAAUCCCACCCGCCAGGCCCUCGACGAAUUCGCCAUCCUGCGGCAGCGCGGCAUCUCCUCGGUGAAGAUCUACAUGACCUACGAAGCGCUGCAGCUACGCGACAAUCAGAUCCUGGAUGUGCUGCUCCAGUCGCGCACCGACGGCAUCACGACCAUGAUCCAUGCAGAGAACGGGGACGUGCUCAGCUGGAUGACGGAACAGCUGGAGCGGCGACAGCUGCUCGCCCCCAAGUACCACGCCACCUCGCGCCCGCAGAUCCUCGAAAGCGAAGCGACCAAUCGCGCCAUCGCCCUGGGCCAGCUCAUCCAAACCCCGAUCUUGAUUGUCCAUGUGUCGUCCCCAUCGGCCGCGGAGAUCAUUCGCCAGGCGCAAACAAACGGGCUGCCCGUGUACGCGGAAACCUGUCCGCAAUAUCUGUUCCUCACCCGCGCUGAGCUCGACAAACCGGGAUUCGAAGGCGCCAAGUGCGUGUGUUCGCCUCCCCCGCGCGACGGGGAGGCGGAUCUCGAGGGGAUCUGGCGCGGGCUGCAGAACGGCACGUUCACCAUCCUCUCCUCCGACCACUGUCCGUUCGUGUACGACGAUGCGGUCAACGGGAAGAAGGCCGCAAUCAGCGCAGAUGCACCCGUCGGACGCUUCCGCUACAUCCCCAACGGAUGUGCCGGAGUGGAAACACGACUGCCGCUGGUUUUGAGCGCGAACCGAUUGACGCCGCAGAAGUUCGUCGAGGUCACCAGCACCAACCCUGCGAAGCUAUAUGGACUCUAUCCCCGGAAGGGCGCGUUGAUCCCGGGCAUCUCGGACGCGGACCUGACCAUCUGGUACCCUUCCCUAGACCCGUUCCCCAUCACCAACGACAUGCUGCAUCACAAUGUCGACUACACCCCAUUCGAGGGCACGACGAUCACGCAAUGGCCGCGGUAUACGCUGCUGCGAGGAGAGGUGGUCUGGGAUCGGGACAACGGAGGCAUUGUGGGACAGAAGGGAUAUGGACAGUUUGUGCGACGCGACCGGAGCGAAUUCAGCGGAGAUCAAUCACCGUGGGACAUAGAGAAAUUCUGA